GCUCCUCCACUGCCGCUCGUCCUACCGCGAAACGGGUGAAGCGAAGAAGAUAAACCCGCUCCUGCAAGUCUCUCUCUCUCUCUCUCUGCGAAGAUGGGCAUGCCCUCGACGCUCUCCAUCGGCCAUUGCCGUCCUCACUCCAGUCUCUCUCUCCCCAGACUCUCUUCCUCCUUCCUCCUCCAAACCACCCCCAGACUCUCCCUCCGGAUCCCCGAUGUCCCCCGGAAGCGACCCGCCCAUCGCGGCCUCGCCAUCGCCAUGAGCAUGGAGGCUGGAAUCGGCGUCAUGGGCACGAAGCUGGGCAUGAUGAGCUACUUUGAGCCCGACGGCACGGUGGUCCCGGUCACCGUGGUCGGCUUCCGGGAGGGCAACAUCGUGACCCAGGUGAAGACCCAGGCCACCGACGGGUACGACGCCGUCCAGGUCGGUUACCGGCGGGUCAGGGACCGGAAGCUCACGAAGCCCGAGAUGGGCCACCUCCAGAAGGCGGGGGCGAUCCCGAUGAGGCACCUGCAGGAGUUCCGGCUUCAGUCCUUGGACGGGUUCGAGCCGAACCAGCGGCUCGUGGUGGACGAGGUCUUCAAGGAGGGUGACCUCGUGGACGUCUCUGGGACCACCAUUGGCAAGGGGUUUCAAGGUGGGAUCAAGCGGCAUAACUUCAAAAGAGGUCCAAUGACACACGGUUCCAAGAGCCACAGGCAGUUGGGUUCGAUUGGUGCGGGAACAACGCCUGGUCGUGUAUAUCCUGGGAAGAAGAUGCCUGGUAGGAUGGGAGGAUCAAAGAGAAAGAUUAGGAAGCUUAAGAUUGUAAAAAUCGAUAAAGAUCUGAAUGUGGUCAUGAUCAAAGGCGCCCUUCCUGGAAAGCCAGGUAAUCUUUUGCGGAUAGCACCCGCGAAGAUUGUGGGGAAGAACAUUCCUAAGAGUUAGAAUUUGUUGCAUUCCUUUCUAUGUUGGUGUAGAUUUUUUCUGCAUCGGGUGACCAUCAAUUGCAAGCCAAUGUUUUUGGUUGA